UGCUGUGAGCACGUAAAAGGCGGUGUUCUCGCGAUUAUUGAGGCCGGCGGCACACCAAAUCCAUAAAUCAAAAGUGUUUGCGCAUACACUUAUUUUUUUGUUCAGACGGCUGAGGGGUGGCAUCCUCAAGGAACGAAGACACAAAUUGAGUCCGCCACUUAUUCCAGAAAGUCCCUAAAUGUGCCAUUCAGUGAAUAUUAAUUGAUGCGUAUUCCACUCACAACUUCCAUAAAAACCGAAAAGAAAAAAAAAAAGAUAAAAAAUAAACCCAACUACAGUAACAAUGCAACAACAACCACAACCACAAACGCAAACGAUAUUGGUGUCCUCAAGGAACUAUUUUAAUAAGCGAAAUUUGUGUAAAAUUGCGAAAAGCCAACAAAAACAUAGCAAAUUUACACCGCCAGUAUGCCCCAAUAGAGUGCAGCGCGGAGCAGCCGAAGCGAAGAAGUCAACAAAUAUGCCAACCUCAACCGCUAAAACGACAGGCAGCGAGCGAAGCUAUCGAAUUUCGAACAGGCGCAGAAGCUGCGACAACCACGACUUAGUUUACGGCAGCAUUAACUGCGCCACUGGGACCAUUCGCACCGCUAACUGUCAAGGCAGUGGUGGCAACAGCAGCAACAAGAGCCACAACAACAAUGGCUAUGACCCCAGUGUUACCGAUUGCAAGAUGUAUGCACGAAGAAGAAGGACCACAAUCACGAGCGGGCAAAUGAUGUUGACACUGCUCCUAGCUACUGCGCUCCUCCUUGAAGCAA